AUGGAGGCUCGUCUUCCGCAGCUGCCCCUAAGGCUGCUUCUCCUGGGGACAGCUGCCCUGACUGUGUCUGCUCUGGAGACGGCCGACCUGGUGGCCCUGUGCGGGCGGACGUGGCAGGGGGACGGGCUGCUGCUGCGCUCGCACUCUGAGUCGCGCAGAUUCUACUUCGUGGCUCCGGACACCGACUGCCAGCUCUGGGUGCAGGCCGCGGCCCCUGGCCACAGGAUCCGCUUCCAGUUCCGCUUCUUCCUGGUCUACAGCCUGACCCCAGCGUCCCCCGUGUCCCCAGCGCCCAGCGUCUCCUCCCCAGAGCCCGCCGACCCGUGUGCCCCCGGCUCCUUCCUGCAGUUCUAUGAGGGCUCGCCCCAGGCCCUGGGGGCCCCUCUCUGCGGUCUGACCAUCCCGGCCCCGGUGGCAUCCUCGGGACCCUCCCUAGGCCUGCGCCUUGUCACGAGAGGCCGCCAGCCACGCGUGGACUUCGUGGGAGAAGUCACCUCUUUCCGGUCCGGACCUUGCGGUGCCUACUUCCGCUGUGGGAACGGCAGGUGCAUCCCUCCGAGCCUGGUGUGUGAUCACUGGGGCAUGGACAACUGUGGCGACGGCAGUGACCAGAGCUCCCAGCCACCAGCUGACUGCAGAGGUCCCUCUCUGGUGCCCGGCCAGACUGGCAGUACGGAUGCUGGUGCCUCCAAGCCCCCGACUCUCCUCUUGCCUCUCGGGUCUGCCGGCCCCCUCUGGACUGCAGCUGAGAGGAGCCCCCCCGCAGGCAGGGACCCAGCACAACGGAACGCAACUUUGGAAGGCCCCCAGCUCCGGGGGGUGGCAGUGGCCUCCUCGCUGCUCCUGGCCUCCGCCGGCCUCUUCCUGGGCUUCCUCUGGUGCUGCUGCUCCCCUGGCCGGCUGGCCUGGCAACGGCAAUCUGGUGCCCAUGACCUCCGCCCCAGCUGCAGUGCAGCCUGCACCACCUGCUACACGUAUCCCUGCCAGGUUGCCCCUGGGGGGCUGCGGCCAAGUGGACCAACCUUCCAGCAUCAGGGAGGCCACCCCUAG